AUGUCCCUAUCCGACCGUGCAGGCUUGGGAGGCUGGGCUGAUUUGUUGCUGUUGUUCAACCAAUGUAAAGAAGCAAGUGGUGGAUGGCAAAAAAGUGAUGCUGGUGCUGGUGUCGUGUCCUCAGCUGGCGAAUCUCCAGCAGCUUUCCAAUCUGAAACGUCUAAAAAUGACAAGAAUGGAGUUCCUUACCCCCAUGUGGUUGGGAAAGGUGGCACUCCGGACUCCGUUUCGGUUCCUGAAUUGCAAUCCAUCCGCCGCGAACCGUGGAACAACUUCUGUCGGCAAUACGGGAACCGCUCGUCACCACCGAUCGCAUCAGUGUAUGAUCUGGACAAGCCACAAAUUGCGAUCCAGGGACCAAGCGCGACGAUAGAUAGCCACCAAGUAGGGAUCAUGAGCGCCGUUGCUGGCCGGCCCUCCUUUUCCACUUCGCACCGUCCACUUGUUUCCACUUCAGUCCAGCUCAACAUAGUAAAGCGGCCGACUUGGGCCAACGCCCCAGCCCAGCCCCAUCCCGGUUCGCUUCAACCUUGA